AUGCUGCAUUUAAUAGAUGAGCUCAAUAGUAAUGCAAUAGGUAGGCAUUUGAAAUUUCAGAAACAGACACAAGAUAAAAAAUUGUUUGUAUCAGAGCUCGUUAAAUUAAUGGAUCCUCUAUUAAGUGGUACUCUAUUUCCUUACAGCUGUAGUGAUGAGAAGGAUAUUGCAAAGAAAACCUUCGAAUAUAUUCAAAAUGAUGCAAGAGAAUUGGCAAAAUGCUUUUCAAAUUCCUCUUUAGAACACGUAAAAUGUUUUCUUUGUAACUUUCAAUAUGAGUCUCCUAAUAUAUCUUUAGAAAAUAAAGAGUUUAUAGUGAAUUAUGCUAGCAGAGAUAAUCCAUUCUCUUGGUUACAUUGUUGUCACUCAUCAACGUAUAACAGAGUACCAAUAAAUGAUUUAAUGAUGCAGUUUCAAAGUGAAGAGCAUAACGAUUGGUUGUAUGAUGUAAUUAACUCUGAAUCUCAAAGGAUACAAAAUCGUAUUAAUCAGUGUAAGUUGAGAUAUGGUGCAAUAUUUAACUUUUUAAAAGCAAAUUCUUCAGUAGUCCCAGUGUUAUUGAAGAAUAAUCUUAUACAAAAAUAUUCGGAAUUAAAUAAAGAUGACAUAGACUUGAACUCUGAAUAG